GCAUGUUGGACCCUAAUAAUAUUAGUACCGAAGCUCUAGCACUUAUAAAAUUACGUUGUCUUUUUGUUCACGAUCAUUGCUUCAAAGUCCCCCCUAGUCGAGAGCAAGAUGAACGAGACGAGUCACACCCCAAUUGAGAAGAUACCUGAGAUACAUAGUAAGCUCAAAGCGACGUUUCGGACGCGCAGAACGAUAUCUAUUCCAUGGCGCCAACAACAACUGCUGCUGGUAGCUCGCAUGGUACAAGACAACAAGGAUCUUUUUGCCGAGGCUCUCUUCAAAGACGUUGGCAAACCGGCCAUGGAAGCUUACUCCUACGAGAUCAGCCCCAUCCUCGAGCGUGUCAUAAUUGCGGCUACCAACCUUCCCGAGUGGGCAAAGCCAGAGCACAAGACCGACUUAUUUGACCCACAUCAGAGGGCUUGGAGCCCCAAAGUAUACUUUGUACCCAAGGGUGUUGCACUCGUGAUCGUACCGUGGAACUUCCCCCUGAUAUUGGCAAUCCAACCCCUUGUCGCUGCCAUAUCGGCGGGGUGCUGCUGUGCGGUCAAGGCUUCUGAAAUAGCUCCCCAUACCGGUCGUCUUCUGGCGGAGCUCGUUCCAAAGUACCUCGAUACAGAGGCUUACCAAGUCAUCCUGGGUGCUGUUCCUGAGACCACAAAGAUAUUGGAGCUGAAAUGGGACCAUAUUUUCUACACAGGCAAUGGACAUGUUGGGAGAAUCGUUUCUGCCGCUGCAGCGAAACAUUUGACUCCUCUCACCCUGGAGCUGGGCGGUAAAAGUCCCGUCAUCUUGGAUCCGUCGUACGAUCUCGACGUUGCCGCCUACAGAAUUAUGUAUGGGAAGGUAACCAACUGUGGCCAAAUCUGUGUCGCUCCAGAUUAUCUCAUAGUCCCUACCAAUGGAAAUCACGACCUUUUGAACAAAGUGGUGGAAGCAUUCAGACGGGCUUAUGCCUCGUUCUUCUCGGAUGCUCCACCUUUAGAAUCCACUUCGUACGCCCGAAUCGUGUCGAAGAACCAUUUUGACCGACUUAACACCCUCUUGGCGCGCACGGAUGGUACGACAGUGCUUGGAGGCCAAGUAGACGCGAAGAGAUUGAAAAUCGAACCCACCGUCGUUAUUGGCAUUCAACCUGAUGAUGCCUUAAUGGAGAGUGAGCUGUUCGGCCCCAUCUUGCCCAUCAUCGAGGUUGGCACGUUUGAAGAUGCAUGUGAGUUGGUGUCCCAAAGGGACCAUCCACUGGUUUUAUAUGCAUUUACACAAAGUGAGGAUACCAAGACUACAAUUCGAGAGUGUACAACAAGCGGAAACCUUGUUUACAAUGACACGUUCAUACAAUUAGCUAUAGCCGAACUGCCCUUUGGAGGAGUUGGUGAAUCUGGCCACGGUCGGCAAGGCGGCCGAUACAGUUUUGAAUCAUUUAGCUACCUGCGUGCAUCAAUCGACAUGCCGUUGGGGUCGGAGCAGUUUUUGACGGUCCGAUACCCACCUUAUACAUCAGAGAACUUGAAGUUAUUAAAUCCCAAUGUUGAUAUCAAGAUACCCCAAUGCUCUCCUACGACGGGUAUCAUGAAGGGUUAG